AUGCAACAGCUGCCCGCCGCAGCGGUGAGCAUUUCAUGGCAUCUCAUCAUUUUCUACCUGUUUCUGGUUCACGCUGGUGCCAGUCUCGAGGGGGGGCAGGGGCUAUCAUUCCUGGAGGAGGUUGGCAUGGUGGCAAGGGCGCAGCACAAAAGCGUGGUGCGCAUCCUGGGCGCAUGCCAUGAGGGUCUAGAGCGCCUAGUGGUGUACGAGCACCUGCCCCCGCGCUCCUCCCUCUUCCACCGCUUGCACCGGUGCCGUGAUGAUGUGCUGUCUCUGGAGCAGCGGCUGAGAGUGGCUGUGGAGGUGGCGGAGGGACUGUGCUUUCUGCACUCGCAGCGCCCACCCAUCGUGCACCGCAACCUGAAGCCCGGGAAUAUCAUGGUUUCAGCGUCUGGCAUGCAGGCGAAGCUGGCGGAUCUGUGUUUUGCGCAGCUGUCGAGUGAGCGGCGUGGCAGUGUGGUGCCGAGGAGGGCGCAGGAGGAGGGGUACGUGGAUCCCGAGGUGGUGCUCAUGCCGCACCAGGCGCCACACACCAAGUCAGACGUCUUCAGCUACGGCGUGGUGCUACUGGAGCUGCUGACGGGGCGGCUGGCCAUCAUGCCCGACCAAGACGACCCGCACCAGCGCCUCAACAUCACCGACUGGGCCGUCCAUUACAUCAAAGAACACGAGGUGCAUCUAAUCACAGAUCCACGAAUCGCCAUUCCAGCGCACCUCCAGGCCUUCCAAGCACUGGGAGAGCUCGCAGUGGACUGUGUCAAGAUGCCGUCCCUGCGCCGCCCCACCAUGCCCACCGUGCUGCGCCGUCUGCUAGUCAUCAUCAAGCGCCGCUUCAGCCUGCGGGGGACCCCGCCUCCCGAUCCCACCUUCAGCGGGUUCUAUGCUGACGUGGCAGCAGAUGCGACGGGUGCUGCAGGGGAAGGUGGUGGUGCUGCGGCUGCUGCAGCAGCGGCUGCAGCGGUGGCAGCGGCGGCGGCGGGUGGGUGUUUUUUCAGUGGGGAGAUGCUGAACAGCCAGGAUUUAAACGAGGCUUUUUUCAGUGGGGAGAUGAGCGGGGAUUUGAGUGGGGACUAUGUGAGUAGCCAGGCGCACGCCUUCGCUAGUGCUGCUGGUAGUGGUAGUUUCGGAGCGGGUAGUGGUUCUGGUGCUCCAAUUCCAGGUCUGUCCGGGGAACUGGUGAGCAGGAGUGGGCUUAAGAGGGGUAGCAGGGGAGCGGAAGGGAGUGGUGCUGCUGUUGCAGGGUCGGCUAUAAGUGAGGGGGAUGAGGGCGAUGGGGUUGGGAGCAGAAGCAGAGGGAGCCGCGGAGCAGGGAGUGUCGGAGGCAGCAGUAGCAAGUCUGGUGGCGGUGAUGGUGGUGGUGUUGGAGGAGGAGCAGCAGUGCUGGUUUCUCUACCUGAGGAUUCGGGUAAAGCUGACAGAUCUAGUGGUGCAUUGUACGGUUUGCAGGUGUUGAGUGGGGAGAUAGCGGGUCCAGUGGAGCCCACCCUCUCGUCAGCGAGCUUGGCACGGGGAGUGGGGUAUGCAGGAGUGGUGCAUUCAGGGGAGCUGCGGUCUGGGGAGUUGUACAGUGGAGUGAGCAGCAGUGGGGAGAUUCCUUUCAGCUUUGGCUUGAGUGGACUGGACAGCGGGAAAGGCCUGAAGGAAGGAGGAAAGGAUUGA